UGCGUCUGCGUGCGUCUUUGCCUUUAAGGACCUGCGACAUUUUUUGCCCUAUACGAACAUCCAGUUGUCUACCGCCGAGAAUCUUUGUGUUGUAGGGCUAGUUUUAGGAGAAGAACGCGCGGAUGGUUUCUUUUAACUGAUCUCGAUGUUUAUGCUGUAAUUUGCGUCGGCCGAACUCGAGCGCCGGAGGGGCGCGAGAGGACACCGCGCUCGAGAACAUCGCGUGGAGGAGGGGACGAAGACACAGAGGGGGUGUUCACUCAAAAUAUACUAUCCCUUUAAAACAAGGGGGACACGGCGGUGGGGGAGAGAUAGCGGGGCAGAGAAGACGGGAUAAAAAAAGAAAAGGAAGAAAGUGCGAGGGUGGGAGGGUGAGAGUAUUGCAGGAAAAAAAAGGAAAAAAUGUCAUCCUCUCGAUUGAAAUGCCGAGGCGGAGCCAUGGACGACGACCGGUGAAGCGCUCGCCAGACGCGAAUGAGAUUUAACGCAACGCCGAGGCUCGCGCAGAUACCGCUCCGGGCCUGGAUGGGGAAUCUUAUAUUAAAAUUGAUGGCAUUCUUUUUAACCACGCCAUGCGAGCAAAUUAAACAUUAAACUGCCUUUUGAAUUCUAUUAUUUUUGCAUGAAUAAUUACACAGCGGUCUAAUCAAUAAGAAAACAUUACAUGCAGAAAUUCAUUUUAUAUUAGAUUUUUAAGCAUGGUAAGCCACUGUUAUGUGACAAUGCGGCGUUAAUAGCAUACUGUGACUGACAGCUGUCAUUUCUUAUUUUGUACUAUUUAGAAAUAUUUUAGAAAAAUAUAUAUGUAUCAGUGUCCGUGUAAUAUGCAUUCUUUCACUUUUUAACUUUCACUGUCAUUUUAUAUUUGGUAGCUUUACAUUUUUAUUAUGUAGAUUUGAUAAGAUAGUGGAAGGAGACGUUGUCCAUUAGGAGAAAAAACUCGACUAGUUUAUUUCAAGCGGCGUCUGUACUGUUCUACACGUCAUGAUGGAUGCAGCUUGGAGCAAUUUCCUUUUUCAGACUCCGCCUUCACAGUCCCAAACUGACGCGACCCUCCAAUCAGAUCUUCUCCCGGAGCUCACGGAUGCCGCUCAGGACCCGCCCCCUGAGCACAUAGCCCCGCCCCCAUCCACGGUGGACACCGCGGCGCUGAGCGAGGAGCCCGUACCGGUGAAGCCAGUCACUCGACCAGCCCGACCUACACACAUCUGCUCCAUAUGUAACAAGCAGUUUAAGAACAGUUACAACCUGCGGCGUCAUCAGUCUGUCCACACUGGAGUGAAGAUGAAGGACAGAGCCGCUAGAGAGAAAAUAGAUGGAAGCAAGGCCGGAGCACGAGUGGAGAGGCAGACCAUCCCUCUUUCCCUCCUCCAGCUGUCUAUACCUGCCUCCAUACCCACGUUGUGUAACGUGGUCUCAUACCUGCUCUCACCUCAUUUGUCGAACACGUACAGUCAGUUGGUUAGUAGGUCAGCAAACAGUGAACAUGUUUUACCCACAGAAAGAUUUGCUUUGUUUGUGGCACUAACGACGAAAAAACGUAAGGUCAUAAAAUCUGACAUUCUGUCUAACAUUGUUUUUCAGGCUGCACCAAAUACCAACAUCAACGAUAACCUAAAUAAUCCCACCCCGAUCCAAAUAUCUAUCCCAAUAACAAACCCAUUACCCAUCAAUCCGACUCCCAAUCCUAAUCCCAACCCCAAUCCGGUCAGGAAGAACCAUGCUUGUGAGGCAUGCGGGAAAGCGUUCAGGGACGUGUACCAUCUUAACCGGCAUCGGUUGUCCCAUUCGGAUGAGAAGCCGUACUCCUGUCCGAUCUGCCAGCAGCGGUUUAAGAGAAAGGAUCGGAUGAGUUAUCAUGUUCGGUCACACCAGGGAGGAGUGGAGAAACCAUAUGUGUGUCCACACUGCGCCAAGGGCUUCUCACGGCCUGACCAUCUUAACAGUCAUGUGCGACAGGUGCACUCCACAGAGAGACCCUUCAAAUGUCCGACAUGCGAAUCCGCAUUCGCUACGAAAGACCGCUUGCGAGCUCAUAUGAUCAGACACGAGGACAAGGUUCCCUGCCACAUCUGUGGCAAACUUCUCUCCCCUGCUUACAUCACAGAUCACAUGAGGGUCCAUAACCAAUCACAGCAUCACGUCUGUCACCUCUGCAACCGCAGUUUCACCACACUGACAUACCUGCGUGUCCACGCUCAGAAGCACCAUGGGCAAGAGUGGAAGGACAGUGGGGUCGGCCGUGGCUCAGGCCCAGGCGGGGUGCUGUUAUGCCAGCUGUGCGGGGUACAGUGCAAGACACCCACACAGUUGCAGGGUCACAUGGCAACGCACGCAAACCAGAUGGACCCCAGUGUUCCUUGCCCCAUCAGCAUCAGCAGCAGCAGCAGUUCAGUGGCGACCGUGGGCAUAGCCACUCCUGUUUCCAGCCCUCCAGUCACAGUUGGGCUGCUGGUGACUGACUGCUCCAGCAUUGCUCCUCAGAGCCACAGCUAGCCAACAGCACAGCACAAGGAGGGAGGGAGGGAUGGAAGAAGCGGGGGUAAUGGGUGGGAGGGGUGAGAAAUCUAAGAGGAUGGGCCCAACCUGGACAGGCUGCCAUGGAAAUGCCAACACAAUGUAAAGCUACCCAUUACCCCACCUCUCUCAUCCACCUCAAAUCUUGCUGGGACUGAGCAAGAACUGAACGACUCUCCUCAAAAUAAAUGUGACUUUUGAAUGAACUCAAGAAACAUCACCCUGCUUCACACGGGCUUUUAUGUGCAGGCAGAGCAGCAAGUCUCCCUGGAUUGCUUUUUCCCCAUACGCUUUGAUCUGGUCUGAUGGAUACAGACUGAAAGUGUUUAGAAGAAGAGCCUAGGAAGAUCUGAUGGACGACUGGUUUGGGUGUCAGUACAUUUCCUCGCAGAGUCCCAUUGGAGAGAUCACUGGUUUUAAAUGUAGGCUGUUAUUAAGUGCUGUCCCAGUUAAUUAUAAAAAAUCCAAUGUUGAGGAAUGUAGAACACUAAGAGGAAUUGACACAUUAUGCCUCCCAGCCUUUCCUUAUAUAAUAAUGGCUCAUAGCUACAUGAUCUUGAAAUCCAGACGAGAUGCGUUUUAUAAAUGAAUUUACUCUGUUGUAAGAGAUCAAUGCAUCAUAAAUGAUCUUGACAUAAAUGACCCCUCCACUGAACUUGAACAUUUGAGGGGAUGAAAUAUAGUGUCAUUUCCUCUCAUUAAUCCCUACGAAGUAUUUAAAAGGGUUUAAAGAUGGUCACAAGGACAAAAUAUUUAUAUUUGUAAUGUACGUAGUAUGUGAGUACUAAAAAAAGCAUCUAUUGUUCAAUGCCUCCUUUGAUAUUUUUCUCAUUGAUCUUGAUCUCUUUUUUUUUUUUAACUAAAGACGUUAAACAGAUGUAAUAAUGUUGAUUAUGUUGCAUAAGAUCUGUAACCUAUGUUUCCAGUUCUGUUUGUGUGGAUGCUUGUUUAACGCCAAUAUGUGUUGGUGUAGCUGUGCUCUUAUCCUAAAUAAUCUCUGUAUAAUGAAUAUGCGCCUAA